AUCCCUCUCUCUCCCUCCAUUCAUCAAUACAACAGUCCAUAUUCCAUAAAAAAGAAAAACAAAAAAUGGAAAUUGAAUCAGCAAAGUGCGAGUGCUGUGGACUAAGGGAAGACUGCACACAAGAUUACAUCACUCAAGUGAAGUCCAAAUUCCAAGGCAAAUGGCUCUGCGGCCUCUGCUCCGAGGCCGUCAGCGAUGAGCUUAGCCGGGGCAAGCCCCGCUCCGGCUUGGACGAGGCCGUCAAGGCCCACAUCUCCUUCUGCCGCAACUAUAAGUCCAAUCCGGCCGUGAACGUCGCUGACGGCAUGAGGCAGAUGCUCAGGAGGAGGAGCGAUCUCUCUUCGCCCUCGUCUUCGUCUUCGUCUAAGAAAUAUUCUAGAUCGUCGAGCACGUCGCAGGUCGGAUUUUACUAGCUUCAUUUGUUUCAUGUGUCAAUUUCGAAUUAAUAAGGUUAAUUAUUAAGUUAACUUUGAUGAUCAUCUUCUUGUCACGGUUUGUAUAGCUUAAUUUCUUUUUUCUUUUUUUUUUGUUAUCUUUAUUUUUAUGGGAUGUAAUGAAAUCCUUCUCCUCUUACGAUGAUGUAGAAUUUUUUGUGGGGGAAAAGUGAUUCUAGCAUUGAAUUUAAUUGCAAGGAAGUAAUGAAACCAUUUUUUUCUUUUUUCCUGCAAA